AUGCCAGAAAAAAACCAAAUGGCAUUGAAUGAUGUCGAAUACAAAGCACUACCGAGUGGAUCACAUCGUGUCAAUCAAGAUUUCGUAUACUUUCGUCAUGGAAAUAAAUACGGUCUAGCAUGUCUAGCUCGAGCGAAUAUUAGCAAUGAAGAUAAUACAUCAGCAGUAUCUACUGUCGUUCCAUCACAACGUGGAAUGUGUAUCAAAUCCGUUGGUAUCAUCACUUCGUCAAUCAUUCAUAUUCAGUCAUAUCUUCAAUUCUUGCAAGCUGAAGCCGAGAUUUAUCUUCAUCAAUCGCCGGUCAACUACGAUCGUUUGAGAGGACUUCUAUCACAUCACGAUCAGCCAAUUUCACUUUCACCAUUAAUUUAUGAAACUUUAUUCAUGGAAUUUCUUCACAAAUUCGGACCGUCGAUAUUCCCAUUGUCAAGGUUAACUCUUCUUGGAAAGCGUAUUUUACUCUAUUCACGUUCACCAAUCGGUUCACUUUGCAAUGCAGUUUACUUUCUUCAUCUUCUUAAUCAAUCUAUCAAUCCGUUAUUCUUCGUUACUAUCAAAGAUCUUCCAAUGUUAGGUGAAGAAACAUCAUACAUCGCUUGCACAACUGAAAACAUCUUUCAAGAAAAGAAAUCUACUUACGAUGUUUUCAUUAAUUGUGAUGACGAAGUUUUAUUUCAAACAAAUGAUUCUAGUUUACAGCCAAUUAUUAAACUAACACGUAACGAUCGUAAUCGUUUGAAAAAGCCGAUGACUUUCAAUUCUUUUGUAAACAUUGGCAAUCGUCUAUCUCGACUCUUGGAUAGAUUAUCUAAAUCGAGUACUCAUCAUGAAAUGACCAAAGAAGAUUUUCAGUCAAUCCAGUUACAUUAUCGCCAUGAUCGAUUAUUCAUUAGUGAAUAUAUUCGAAUUCAUCGUAUUCCACAUAUAACGAUAGCCAUCCCUGAGUUCCCCUUUUUACCGAUCUCACCUUGUUGUUCUUGCCCAUCUGUGAGUUGA